AUGAAUACGUUCAGUAAGCUAUUCAGCAACGCAUAUAACAGCGCACAUAACAACGAAGCAAAUGAGUGGAAAAAAGGAAACGUGUCAAAAGUUGGCGUGACCCAGACGCUGUUAAAAAGUGCACCUAAUCAAUAUAGGCAAUGGAAUAACGUAAACUAUGCAACAAAGAAGAAUGUUGACAUUGGAGAAGUAGUCAUAGGAAAUCUUAAGAAGGAUGAACCGGUGUUACCACCACAUACGGCACACAAACAUGGUGGAUUAUCGAACGGUUGUACGUCUAGACAAGUGGGAAAACAGAGUAGUUGCUUCAGUGUGCAAGCAAAAAGUAACUCCUUCAAUAGAAAAGCAAAGGACGUAAAUAACAGCGCGUACUCAUUAUACAAUCCGCACAAUUUGUUCAAUGCGUACAGAUUGAAGAAUCCCUAUUGCCACCUACAAAAUGCUUUGCUGAAAUAUGAGUAUAAUUAUGCUGACUAUGUGGUACAGAAAGGGAAAUCGAAUAGUACGGCUCAAAAUAGAAAGGUAAUUUUAAAGCAAAAAUGGUGCCCCCCCAAAGAUUACGUACCUCAGGUCGACAUUAAUAAAAAUGACAAUUAUGAACAGAGGAAAGUAGCAUAUUUUGAUCGUAACAAUAAUCAAUAUAGUGACAAAGGCAGUAAUUUAAUACUUAGAAGUAAUGCCUACCCUACUUGGGGGUUGCAAAAUAAUUUAAAAGAUUAUGUUAAUUUCCCCCCCCUUGAAUUAACCACAAAAAAUCAAGCACUACGUAGUGAUAACUUUUUCGGGAAUGCGAAAAUUGGAAGGUCAGUGAGCCACAUGAAUGGGAAUGAAAAAGAAAGGCAAAAUAAUGUUAUCGAGAUGGGGAUAAAAAAUAUCACACAUGAAGGGAUCUCCGGUAAGGCCAUGGGGAUUCCGCUUACGGGUCUUCUCAGAAGUGCCAAACUUGGGCAUCCCACCGAUGGUAUCAUCGGUAAGAAUAGCCGGAAUGGAAAACAUGUCACAAGUGAAAUGGUCAUCAAUCCAGGUGGUCCAUUGCACAGGAAUGCAGUUCCUAUGACGCAUUUGACAACAAAUGGAAGUGGGGACCCACUAAACGAAAAUCAAUAUUGGAAAAACCCAAAUGAAAAUUUCCUGAGUAGAACCUACUCUCUUAAAAGUAUUAAUCACAAAAGUGUAAGCAAUUCGAAGAGAACGGAAAAUCAAUUUAACCCAUCUGUACUUAUUUCGAAUGAAAAGAAAAGAGGAGAAAAACCCAUUUCAAAAGCAACUCAGCGAGAAAAGUUGGUUCACGAGGUGCAUUUAGAACGAAUAACAGGGAAAAAUCGUUACGUGAUGGAAAGCGCCAACGGAACCAAGAAUACAGAAGCAGAAUUGAAGCCAAACCUUAAUCUAUGUGAACUUCAUAACGGACUAGUUCUCAAUGUGCAACAUAACAGAUUCACGAACAGUUUUGAUGAUGCAUGCCGAGUGCAAAGAAGCAAUAUGUUCAUAUGUUCGAGGAAAAAUGGAGAAUCGUACAGCUCCAGUUAUGGUAAUUUCUUUGCCCCGCAGAAGCAUAACCAGUUCAGAGGCGCCUGCGGCGGAGGAGGCGGCGACAAUAAACGUGGCAACAAUGAAUGCAGAAGCAACCAACAUGGUAAGAACAACACUUUAACCAUGUUGAGUAAAAAAAACAUUGCUUACAAGAAUGGAAGAGCACCAUACCUUUAUGCCCCCAACAAAAAAGCAAAAGACAACGGGGAAAGUAGCAACACCGCCUUGAAGUACGCCCAGCCCGAACCAGGACACAGGAGUAAUGACCAAAUGCAUGGUAAUAAUGAAGGACAUAAUUUCACCCUACGCAAUAAGUUAAACCAAAGCAGCUGCAAUUUUGUGAGUCCAAUUGAAUAUUACACUACGCAGGAAGACGAGGCAGGAAAAAAACACAGCUCCAUCGCGCAAGACGUGAUACAAGAAUUUAGAAAUGCAGAUCUUCAAAAGUAUUAUGCAUUUAACGGGAAAAUUUCUCAGAAUUCAAACCAUAAUGGUAGUGGUUGUACGAAUGGUGUCAGGAAUGUCAGCACAUGCAAUGGGGGUAGCGACCAUGUGAUGUUAUCCAACGGAGUGUGUCGUAUUCAGCAUGGUUAUAUUCAGCCACCUUCUGCCCACGUCAAUAACAGUAGCGAGGGAACAGUUUCAAAAGAUUUAAAAUGGAUGAAAACUGACGGCAGUGUAAGCGUGAUUAGCGGUAACUGCGUUAAGAAUAUGGCAGCUGAGAUAGACAAUACGAAUCAUCACGAAAAUUACGAUGCUGGAGAAAAAACGGGUAAGCCGUGUAAUAAUAACGUAAUUGCACACGUACCUACUGUAGGUGUAAGUUACUGGGGAGGAGUAGCUAGAGGUCCAGAAAAAGCGAAUAGAUCCGAAAUGGCAAGAAAUAAAACAUGUAAGAGCAGGACGGUAGAGAAAAUAUAUCCUCAGAGUGGUUACUACAUAAGUAGCAGCAACGAUCGCAGUAUAAAAGACGAUGAUAAAACAAGUGCAUAUGACACGGGAAAUGGAAAUAGCGCUAACUAUUUUAGCACUGCAGCGCAGUUCGCGGGUUUGAACAGAACAAAGGAAAGGGCUACUCCUGAGAAUCCCCCCCUAGGAAAUAAAAAUUCGGCCCCCAAAGGGGAACAUGUUAAAAGUAAUACCGUAAUGAUGGAUAGCAAUAACGAUUUGUCUUGUGUCAGUAAGGGCAUUAACUUUAGUGAGGGACGAAACGAAGAUAUCGUCCAUUUUGACAAAAAUAGGAAUGGAUUAAUGAGGACGGAAAAGGGAGAAAUUAAUUUUAAUAUACCAAGUGAAGGUACCUACUCGAAGGAAACACCACAGGAGAGAUCCAAUAUGUGCUGUGAUAAAAAACAGGCGUUAGACAUGUUUGCUAACAUUCAUGGAACUGUAUUUCGUGAGGAAGUGGCGAAGGAAAAAAUAUGUGAAAAACCCCAGGAAGAUGAUAAAGAGAAAAAGGUUUAUUUACUCACCCGAAAUUGUGGCCUUCAUAUUAGUAACGUUAAACGAUGCGGCAUGACAAGAACACGGAUUGCAGACAGAAGUAAGGGCACUCAGAUGCCGCAAUGGAAUAAAGCAUAUUGCCCUAACGUAGGCAGCGCUGGACAAGGUCCGGCACAGGAAGGUAGCUGCAAGCAGGAGGAAGACGAGACUGCGUUCAAGGUUGAUGAUUAUCCCAACAUAAAGCAUGUCAGUAAAAAUGUCAAUAACGAUAUCAAAAAGGAUGUCGACAGCGAUGACAGUAAUAAUGGCAGAAAUGAUCAUAAUAAUUGCAACGAUAACGCAUGGGGGGGUCCUCUAGAAAGUAAAGAGAAAAAAGAAGGAGGAGCAGGGGCAUACGUUCAAGGAAGCAUACACAAUAGGAAGUCGCGUGCGAAUCUUUGCAAGGGUUGGGAACAGGCAAACCACGUAGGUGGGAAAGAACCCCAUUUGGACACGCUCAAUGAGCAGAAUUACCAAGAGAGCUGGUCGUCCCCAUCCAACCCGAGUUUUAUUUUAGCAGGUUCGAAGGGCAGCAACGAGAUGGUCGAAAGUACAAGUCAGGAAAAUUACCAUAUGUAUGAAGUACUAGCCGCAGAGAAUCCUGCAGAUGGGAAUGGUUACCAAAAUACCAAUGCAGGAAAUACACAAUGGAGUAACGAAAAAAGGGGAAAACAAAUUUUGAAUAAAAAUAUAAAUGAACUAAAAAAUGGCACGAUGAAGAAAUACAGCAUGGAAAACUUAACUGACUCGUACAUUUAUCACUUAAAUAAUUUGAAUAGAAAUGGCAAGAUGAGAGGCGAAAAGGAGAAGUUAAAAAUGAAUACACACUGUUCCAACGUUGUGGAGAGGACUGUUCCAUGUGUCAGUAGCCCUGAAAAGGAUGAUAGGAAUAAGGGGUGUGUAGGGGGUGAAAAUGAAACGGGAAAGGAUACCAAAAAGGAAGAGAAAGUGCAUUACUUGAGGGAAGAUCAAACUGGAGGAACACAAUGCACUAAUUCAGUCGCGUCGAAUGGGAAAAUUAACUACCCUAUUUGUAACGAAUUAUGUUCCCAGAACACGAAUAAUAGCAAUAAUGGAGAACACUGCGAGGUGCCCAUAAAGGAUAAUUCCCAUUCUGAAUAUAUGAACUUACUUGAUAGGGGAAACCAAACCGAUAGGCAUUUGCAAUUGGGGAAAGCAUUCAGUAGCUCUUCGCAAAAGGGGGACAUGGAAAGGAACGAUUUUUUGGCACAUUUUAGAGGAACUAACCUACAGGAGGGCCUCCUUAAUGGUGGGCAUGAAAGGAGAGUCGAUGGAGUCCGAUCAGACGAUGGGGUAAGAUCGAACAAUGGGGUCAUAUCUAACCAUGUAGUCGAUAACUCCGAGGGGGCGUUCAAUAAGGGGGAAUCGGAUGGGGAUAAGAGUGUGAAUGGUACCAACCAUGGGGGCAGCAGUCGGAGCAGCAGAGUAAGUGCUAUGAGCGGUGUGAGCGGUGUGAGCGGUGUGAGCGGUGUGAACGGUAUGAGCGACAUGAACUGCCUGAACGGUGGCAGCCGAGAACCAAGCGGCGAAGGAAGAACAGCGACGCGAGCACGUAAAGUGGCCCUACCGUGGAACAAGGACCAGAUAGUUAAAGUGAACUACAGAAGUAGAAGCAUGAAAGGGAAAAGUAAUAUCACAAUAAACACCAAGUUGGCCAGGUACGAAAGGGUGCUCAUUCACACAUGUAUUAGCAAACUGAAUUGGAAAAAAUGCAUUGACAAUGAAAACAAAGGAAUAUUUUACUGGAUAGGAUAUAACAUAACCGAUUUUGAUCAUUACAAUUAUAUGAAGAGGAAAAAAAUUAUAAAUAGAAUCCCAUCCAUGUAUAUGUACACGAAGAAAAAGGCCUUAACAUUUUUACUGUCCCAUUUGUCCCUUAUUUUUCCCUCCCUAUAUGAUUUCUAUCCAAACACAUUUGUAUUGCCGGAAAAUAAACAUAUUAUAAAGUACAUUCUGAACAGUAGUAAUAAAGAUUACUACAUUAUGAAGCCAGAUUGUGGAAGCAUGGGAAUGGGAGUCAAAGUAAUACAUAAAUAUAGCGACAUUAACAUAAAUAUUUUGAAUGGGUACAACUGCUACAUUGUUCAAAAGUAUAUAGACAACCCAUUGUUGAUGUAUAAGAAGAAAUUUGACUUUCGUAUAUACAUCUUAUUACUUCCGGGGAAACAUUACCCUAAAAUAUACUUGUCCAAAAUUGGCUUUGCUAGAUUGUGUACAGAGGAAUAUAAAAGAAAAAAAAGAUACAUUUACAACACCUUUAUACAUUUAACUAACUAUAGCAUUAAUAAAGACAAUGAGAAGUAUAUUAGAAAAAAAAACAUCCAUGAUAAGAAUAAUAAUAAGCAACUACUGAGUGAUGUUUUUAUUUACCUGAAGAAUAAUGGAUACGAUAUUGAUGAUAUAUGGAGACAGAUAAAGAAAAUUACUUGUUUAACCUCUCUGGCAAUUUAUUCCUACAUUAAAGAAAAGAUAAAGUACAAUUUUAAUAACAAUUUUUAUUUUUAUCAGCUAAUUGGAUUGGACAUCCUGCUGGAUGAUACUGGCAAAGCGUGGUUGCUGGAGGUAAACUCCAAUCCGUCCCUGCGCAUUGACUACAUUGAUCCAAGCUACAUCAACUUCGAAAUACAGUUAGAGAGCAUGUUUGACAGGUAUGUCAAGGAGCCCGUGAUAAGCGAAAUGUUUUUAAUUGUGUAUCGGAAAAUUUAUAAAAAGCAUUUAUGGAAAAGGGACAAGAGGGGCACCACCGCAGGCGUUACUAUUGGGCAAGACCAAACGAGGAAAGCGGGUAAGGCGGAAAAAGCAGCUAAAACCGGCAAAGCUGGAAAGGCGGGAAAAACUGACAGAAUGAACAGAGUGAAGGUUCAAGGCGGCUUCACGCACGACACGUUUGUCCCCGUAAAUAUCAGGGAUGUUAAAAAUUGGGGGACACACAAGAAAAAGAUGGGCGAGAAAAUGGGCAAAAAAGUGGGCAAAAAAGUGGGCGAAAAAGGCGAGCCUAGUAACACUGAUUUGCCAGAGGGAAACCUCCAGUCGGACAUAGCCUGCAAUAAUAUGAUUGAUAAAAAAAAUGGCUUCACUCGGAAUAGCGGUCUAGGUAAAGUGCUCUCAAGUGGUCGCAAAAUUUAUCCCCAAAAGGGGUGCACAGAUCACUUGUCGUGUAAUGAUCAGUGUGAGUCCAGAAGAAAGUGUAGAUUGAGUUGUACUCAAAAAGGGAACCUGGUAAGUGAUGCGCAGCUGAUGAAUAGGGUGAUAAAAAGAAAGGGAGAAACGAAAAAUGAUUUAUUUUUGAAAAAGGAAAACAUAAGCAUCGUCGACACGUGCGUUGAUGAAAAUGAUAUCGCUAGCUUCAGUUUUUCGAACGAAAUGGACAACGAGGCUGAGGGAGGGAGCAGCCAACUCGAAAGCAAUGAUAAUAGGGAGGCCCAGAACGGAUACACAACAAGGGUGACGAAACAAGACAGUGAGGAACCGCCCCCAAACGAGGGAAUGACAUCGAACGAAACGGGCGCAGAAAUUGGACAUAACGGGAAGUAUUCCAGGCGAUCAUCAAAUAGCACGAGCAGUUAUCUAAGCGGCAUAAUGCAGGGAACACAUGGUGGUGAUGCCCAUGGGGCAGACCAUCCGGGGAAACACCCAAGAAGUUUGAAGAGAAAGUAUCCGAAUCAGCAGGCGACUAAUCACGACGAAGACCAGGUCUCCUUUUCGAACGACGAAAGAGUGUAUACCAGCUCAGAUAUGGACCAUGAAGAUAACGAAGUGCAGAAUGGAAGAUACGGAAAAUCGAAUGCUGUGGGGGACACAAAAGAGGGAAGUAGCCACACAUACACAUACGACUGUUAUAGUAGCGGUGGCAGCAGUGAUGGCAGUGUGGAAUAUGUGGACAGAAACUUUGUUAACCAAUUAGGGAAAAAACAGAAUGGCGUCUUAAGCGUGAAGUGUAAUAAAAAGGGGCCAUUGCGGUACUCUAGCAGAGGAAAGGAUAUCCCACGUGAAGAAGAAAUGAACCAAAUGUGCAGUUAUGAAGAAUUACUAAAAAGGGAUAACAAACUAAUCGAGAACAACAUUCUAAAUAAAGACACCUACGUACAAAUCGACAAUCAAGAAGAUAUCCAGUUUGAUAGAUUCCUCAACGAUGACGUGGAAACGUACAAAUCACUGUCAAGAAAUAUUAGUGACAGCGUGUAUAAAAAGAAAAUCGAAAAUUUUAUCAUGAUUAGGAGUAACUUAUAUAAAUACAUGAACUGCUUAAAUGUCCUGGGAAUUCGUUACAUAAACAAUAAUGAUAUAAACAAUUUUGAAGAACUGUACAAUAAAAACAUUUCGUUAGACUUGAAAAAGACCUACACAAAAAUCAGGAAAGAUAUUUUACAUCCCCUAAAAAAUAAUGUACUGGAAAAGAACGUAUACAUAAAUUUGAAAAAAGAAACGAGCAGAUAUUAUAACGAAAUGAAAAUAUACAAUGACUGUUAUUUUCUCUUCGAUUUUGUGCUAAAAAAAUAUGACAAGAAUUUGAAGAAGAAUAAUAAGAAAAUCGAAUAUCACAUUGACAAAAAUACCUUCCUUUGCAUGUGUGCAGAUGUAAAAAUAAAUAAAAUAAUUGAAAAUGUAGAUAUCCCCACGAGCAGUUACAAUAAUUUGCUUGAGGUAAAUAAAAGCAAGCAUGAAAAUCAAAUGUUUCAAAUGGUUAAGGAGGUGUUGAAAAAUAAAAAUUGCGACAGAGGAAAUUCUGGAAUGCACAGGAAAAGACACGUCAGCGAUGAGAUCUGCUCGAACAACUGCAGCUUUGGAGAUCCCACUGAUUUGUCAAAGGGCAUUUUGUCGGAGGACCGCGUCUACAGAAGCAGGGGAGAAGAAGGCACAGGUGCUGCAAAAUUUUCUUCUCUCCGAGGGAGCAAUGUUAGAAAUGGUGGCAAUACCGACAAUGACUGCACCACUCGCAGCCACGACCGAUGCAAGGAACAGGCCGGAAACGGCUCGUAUUAUGCCUCUAUGUUGUGCCCCUUUUCUCUAGUUCCAACGUCAAACAAUCUGGUGAAUUUCAACACCAUAGGAAUUGGCAGCACCAGGUACAAGAGCGGGGGGAGGAAAAAAAUGAACAUAUACGACUUGGAGUAUUUAUUUAUGAGGCAAGUGUUCUUCAGCAAGUACAUUAACAAGAACCAAGGCUUAACAGUUAUCGAUUUUUUCUUACUGAUGCAACAGGUAGCCCUCUUGAUAUUCCCCUUCAUUAGCAACAUUAGUGCGUACAACGUUUCGUACCCCUAUAAUGGUUCCCUGUUUGACGAACUGAGCAAUCAAGGAAAUAAUUUGUUCGCUAAUAGAGGUCCAGACACUGGCAUGGGAAGUAUGACAAAAUACGUUAAGACUAAAAAGAGAGGAGAUAAGGAUAGGUAUAAUAACGCUUACUUAAAAAGGGAAAAUAAGGGUUGUAAGGGUUGUGAGGAUUUUAACGCUUGUAACGAUGUGAUUAAUUCGACAAAAAAAGACGUCAACAGUUCUCUUCAAAAGGGAGAAGAAGUAUUAUAUGACCAUCUGCAUUCGGAAUCGAGUAGAACAAGUUGUACCAGGAAUGGAAUUCGCCAAGUGGAGGAGAAAAACAAAAAUAAUCAUUUAUGGCAUAAGAAUGUUUGCAGCAAUGUUUACAAUUUGUAUGAGUACAUUCAAAUAGGCAUUAACCCCGCUGUUAAAAAUAUUUGUUUGGAAACUUUUUUAAAUUUUAUUUUUAACAAGUACGGAAUAAUACAGUUUUCGUAA